UCAGGCUCAGCCACUUCCAGUUUCAGUUUCUCAUCUUCUCCAGUCGGGAUUCGGGAACACCCCAUUUCCAGAAACACUUCAACUUGUAAAACUCUUCUCCAGUCUAUUUCUCUCUCCUCUCUCCUCUACCCUAAAACUCUUUCUCUAAAAUCCCUCAAUUUUCCCGCCAUUUAAAACCCAAUUGAACAAUGAAUUUCCCAACAUCAUCAUCCAACCACGAACAACCGCCAUUAUCAUCAUCUCCAUUUUUACCAGUUUUGCAAUUUCAACAAGCUUUCACAACAACCUGUUCUUCAUUCCUCCACAAUUUCUCCUCUUCAUUCACUAAUCACCUCAAUACCCAUCUCUCUAAUUUCGCUUCUACCUCUUCUUUUUCCUGUAAAUCCCCAGCUUUCGCCCGAAUUCCGCCAUUAACAGGAAACCCCAUUAAAGCCGAGCUUCAACAACAACAGCAAAAACAACAUUACGGCAUGUCGAACAAAGAGAUUGAGGAGAGAUUAGCUGGGGUGGCUGUUUUUGCAUUGAGCAAUUCUAAUGAGGAAUUUGUGUUGAUUACUGGGAAGAAAUCGAAGAAUUCACUUGCGUUGUUUUGUUUUAAAGAAGAAGAUGCUGAUAUUCUUCUUGAGCAGUUGAGAUCGAUGGAUCCUGGCAUGCGCCGUGGCUCUAGUGUUGUCCCUGUUGCUUUGAAUAAGGUUUUCCAGCUUAAGGUGAAUGGAGUUGCUUUCAGAUUGAUUCCGGAGGCAUCACAGGUUAAAAAUGCAUUGAAGGAAACGGAAAACGCUGGACAGUCAGAGAAAAAUUUCUCAGGAGUUCCUGUUUUUCAGUCUCGGAGUUUGAUUUUGAGCAGCGACAAGAGGAAAUACCGUCCUGUUUUCUUCAGAAAGGAGGACUUGGAAACAUCAUUACAUAGAGCUUCUACGCAGCAAGGAAGGUUGAAUCCUGCUUAUAGAAAAGGGGAUAUUGAAGUAGCUGUUCUUGAAGACAUAAUUAAGGGAAUGAAGGAUGAUUCCUCAGGGAAAUGGGACGAUGUCGUUUUCAUACCACCUGGUUUUGAUGUAUCAACUGAUCCCUCAGAGGAUCGUCCAUCUUCAGCUAAGUAGUGAUUAAACAAACUGUGAUUAUCCUGGACUUAGCUUAAAACAUUCUCUUCUCUUUGGUCUUUGUGACGAUGUUAUCUGAUGCUCUAAAAACUGUUUCAAGGGUAUUUUAUGCUCUACUCAGAUCUAGCUUUAUAACCAACAUUUUGCCGAAAAAUAGAUCUUGUAACUGUAGUCAUGCACUAUGUUAUUUAGACUUUUUGUUUUACCUCAA